AUGAAGGUCUUCAAGCUGCCCCAGUUCGAGGAGCUGUGCUCCCACGAGAUCAGCAUCAACCAGAUCAUAAGACACGAAGGCUGGUGCGAGCAAGACCCAGUGGUACUGCUGGAAACGGUGCACCUAUGUGCCAUCCAGGCAUGCGUCAAACUGGAAGCGCUCGGCUAUUUGGUGAGCGAUAUCGCCUCCAUCGGUAUCACCAACCAGCGCGAGACGACCGUUGCGUGGGACAAAAAUACCGGCAAACCGCUGUACAAUGCAAUCGUUUGGGACGACAUCCGCACUAAUUCCACGGUGGAUAAGGUGUUGGCACGGAUUCCGGACCAGAACCGCAACCACUUCCGACAGAUCUCCGGUUUGCCCAUUUCGCCGAACUUCUCCGCCCUGAAGCUCUGCUGGUUGAAGGAAAAUGUCCCUGCCGUGCGGAGGGCCUGCCGGGAGAAACGAUGCUACGCCGGAACCAUCGACACCUGGCUGAUAUGGAACCUCACCGGAGGACCCAACGGGGGUGCGUUCGUGACGGAUGUCACCAACGCGUCGCGAACCCUCCUCAUGAACAUCGAAACGCUCUUCUGGGAUCCGAUCCUGAUCAAGACGUUCAAUCUGCACGUGGACAUGUUGCCGGAGAUUCGCAGCUCGUCGGAGAUCUACGGUUCGCUCAAGUACGGCGGUGCCAUGGACGGGAUCCCGGUCAGUGCCAUCCUGGGGAACCAGCAAGCCAGCCUGGUUGGGCAGCAGUGCAUUCGGGAGGGCCAGGCCAAGAACACCUACCGGAAGGGGUGCUUCUUGCUGUACAAUACGGGCACUAGGUGCGUACACUCCACACACGGUUUGGUGACGACGUUAGCGUACAAAAUGGGUCCGCAGCAGCCGGCCGUCUACGCGCUGGAAGGCUCGGUAGCAGUCGCCGGCGUGGCUAUGAAGUGGCUCCGGGAUAAACUUGGGCUGCUAAAGGACAUUCCAGUCGAUUCGGAGAAGAAAGCAACAUCGAGAAUGGAAAAUAAAGCUUUGGGAACUUUACCGGAGCUUCGCACAGUGAUACAAACAAAGGACAUCCACGAGGACAUCUGGCCAACCGAAAGCAAACCCGAGAAGGCGAACCAGAAAUUCAUCCCAAUUCCAAGGAUCGGCAUGCCGAAAACUUCAACCGAGGACGCUUGA